UAUGAAGGGAUGAAAUUGCAUCGUGAAUACUACUGCUUUGAUGCAACUCGGCAAUUUGUGAAUAGGUCAUAUACUUUUUGUCAACUACAGAUUCAAAUGAAGGAGCCUUGGUGCUCAUAGCGUAUCCCACCUGUGUGACUGAUGGAGAUUCUUACACAAUGAACCUCCACGGAUACUCUUUGAAACAUUAUCGACGGGCCUAUUUAUAACUUUGCAAAUGGCGUGUAAAAGUCUGAAACCACCCAGGCCUUACAUCACAGGGAGAACAUCAGCGCUUAAAGUGGAGGAGAUUGUUAACAUUCUGAGGAGUCCAGAUGAGAGCAAGACCAUCCAGACUGCCCCCGCCACACCUCAGGGAGGACAGGUGUACCUCUAUAAGAUAGCAUCGGGUAUGAGAGAAGACGUGUGGAAGGACGACAAAUAUCACUUCAGAAGUGAUGGAACCCGGAAGCAGCCUAGCUCAAGUCCAGUCAUAGUGAAGCAGUACCACAAGGCUUACACCGAGGACAAGGCAACAACAAGGGCCUUUGUCAGAGAAGCAUCGUAUCUGUACAACCAGCCUCUGAAACACGUCCUAGUGCAAUAUAUCGGGGACCACACACAAGCACAGCCUGCUCCUCAACGUAAGAAGCGUGGUCAACAGACAGUUAAUUCCCCAGGUUACAGUAAACGUAGAAAAGUAGAAUCAACUGGUGGAGCUGUGCAGUCGGGUGUCACGGAGAACACUAACUCAAACCUGGACCCUGAAGAUCAUUCAUCACCGACAGAAUUGGAAGACAACGGUAAAUCAAACACUAUUCUAGGUGUAACAUUGAAUGAAGCAAAGGUGUCAGAGACUGAAACAAAGAAUGAUCAUGACACAAAUCAGAAACGCAGCAGGACAGGAGAUCAUAGAGGUGAUGAUGACAUUGAAUAUUUGGAUACAACGUCAGGCUCCCCUGUCAAGAAACUCCGUUUGCAGCCUCAAGUUGACAAUGACAACACAGUUGUAACCUGUGUCACUAACACACCCUACGCUUAUCUGUACACAUUUCUAGAAGAUGUAGAAAGGAAUCGUGAUGUGAUAAGGGUCGUGCAACAGGUUUUAUCUUUAUCAAGGUUCUGGAACAAGGACUGUACCAACAAAGACAACGCAUGCUUGUCACUCAUUGAAGAGGUCGACAAGAACUGGAAUCUAGAUGCAAUAAAAGCAAGGAACUGGGUUAAAUGUUCUGUAAAUACUGACGUUCUGAGCUUGAACCAAGACCGGUCAGUUUACAUAAACCUCAUCGCAGCAGUACUUGUUGGAGCAUGCCAUACCAGGACUGAAGUACAGGACUUUUUGAAAACACUGAAGGAUCCUCCUUCACACCCGCAGCAUGUACAAGAGGACGUCCCCCUGUCACGUAACUGUACAUACACAGUUGGCUGCUACACCAUCAGAGGAGAUGUUCUGUCUCGCCUGGAAACCAACGACUGGCUGACAGAUGAAGGUGACAACCGAUGGCCAGUUUCUUAUGAAAUCAUCGUCAGUUCCACACGGAAGCUAUAACAAUGGCGGUUGGCUUACAUCCACACCACCAACAUCAACGUGUCCCGUGAACCACACAUCAGAAGAAUUGCCAGGGGUUUAUGUUCCGAGUCAACUGGGACAAGCAGUUUCCACAGACAGACAAAGUGUUAUGGAAGAGAUCGCCUUGCAGUCAUCCCAACCAUAUCAUAUAGACGGAAAUCUUAACAACCUCCUUACAGAUCCUGCACACAUGGAGAUACGUUCACCCAAUCAAAGAUCAGAAACCAUAUAUGGAAUCUCAAGUCAUGUUCCCACCUAUGUCCAUGCUCCAGUAGUUGGUGACACAUUGCCUAGUUCAGAUACCACUAGUAAUUCUGAGAAUACCAUCAUUCACUACACUGAGUCUGGGGAAAAGAUAGAGCUGCUGCAGCUCUAAAAGUGGUCUAGAAAGGAGUUAUCAUUGUUAUUAUGAUGUGUCCAAUGUUACAGUAUACAUAUACAGUUUUACAACCUCCAUUAGGGGUCAGUCGUCCGAAUUCGGUUUGCAGAAAAUAACGAGUUAUUUGUGAAACCCAAGAGCACGCGUAUGGUUAUGACAAACCUAGAAACAUAAUCUGAGCGAACCUGGAUUCGAACCCACAAUCAUAGGUAUCUGGUGUACCCAAGGGACGCAACUCUGCACAGCGAAUCGCGGCGCCUUAGACGACUGGGCCACCCGUACCCCCGUGGGAGUGAUUUGUGUCAAUGUAGUUUUGACGUUUCUGUUCGCAUCUCGAUUCCAUGAAAAACUCAUUGUACGUUACAAAUUCUAGGAACAUGGCUAACUUUAAUGUUUAGAAGAUUACAUAACAGUUUCUUACAAAUGUUUAUAACUGGACAUAUGCAGAUUUUAGUGUGUUCCGAACUUUCUUAAAGCAAAGUGUUUUGUUGAAAUUAGUGGGAGUGAGUUCAGAUUGACGUACACAAUGAAUGUUUGCAGCUACAUGUCGCUGUGUAAAAUAUGUACUUGCAGGAACACGUGGGUGUCUUCUAUCAUAGUCGGUAUUGUCACUUUGAUUUGUUUCUGCACCAUUUCCAGUGUCAGAGUUGUGAAGUCUCACACCCAAUACGAAGCCAUGUAACAUGUUGUACAUGCAAUAUAGACUUUAAAGUAUGUUCACGGUGACCUCAUAUUCAGGAAUAUAAUGAUUGUUUUAUUUCAAAGCAAUUUAUCCUAUUAAUUUCCAUGAUGUCUUGGCACACAUGAAAAUGCUAAGAUCAAAUAGAAUUCUUUGAGCUGUGUCCCUUAAACAAAUACAGACUAUAUAGUCAUGGGCAAAACCAACCAGUAUUACAUUCUUCCAUGAUAUCUGACAUAUUCUUAUGUGACAUAUUAUGUGAUAGAUCACUGAACGAAUCCCCGUAAGAUAUCGUUUUUAUUACAAACAUUGUAUCUGAAAACGUAUCUAAGGAGCGCAAGAUGUUGGAAGCAUUAUUGUACUAACAUUCAUGGUUUAAGUAAUAUACUUUUAUCAUCAGAUAACUCUUGUUAGUGCUGCAUUAGUUAAAUGGCCUGUUAUGUAUUGCCCAUAGUUGACCCAUUGUUUAACCCCUUUGUGACUGUAGACCUACAAUUACGUUUUUCAAUAGAAGUUGUUUUUUAUUCAUUUAUAUUGUAUGCUGAUUUACUGAUUUGGCAAUAUAGUUUGAACCGUUUUCUAAGUUAACCUUCGCGUGUCAAUUCGGAAAUCCCCUCGUAACACUGUGCCAUACAGUAUAAACAUACAGUAACGAUUACUGUUAAUUUCUAAAAUGUCACCAGUGUCAUUCAUGUGACAAACAUAUGAAAAUCGUUAUGAUGUUAUGCAGACGUACAUAUACAGUCGAACCCCGAUGUCUUGAACUCGGAUGUGCCGAUUCCAGGGUCCAGGCGAAAUCACAGUCCAAAAUCUUACCAUAUUUAUAGUAUUGUUACCUGAAUGCUCGACAUGAGUGUUUUGAGUUCAAUUUAUAGUCCCCAAAGUUGAAAGGUAAAACUUAUCAAGAUCCAGGUCGAAUUCAAAUAGUUCGAAUAACUCGAACUAUUUCUUUGGUCCCCAGAAGUUCGAGGCAAUUGGGUCCGAUUGUUCCUUUAUGUUCAUAUAUCUGAAUAUGUAUACAGGUAGAACAAGGUGCUUAUCCAAACGCAGUGAAGUCACACAGACAGCCCAUACCAGUGCAGCGUGUAUCACAAUCAGAACCAAUCACAAACUAUAUUCAGGCACUAUCCUGAUCUAAAUAUACACUUUCCCUGUGAAAAAGACAAAUAAGUGUCUUUGUUGAUUAUAAUCAAAUAAAGAAAAUACGCAAAACCAAACCAAAACAAACUGACAUUUGAAUGAAGUUAUCCAGGUUACAUGGCAUAAAUAAGCAGCAUGUUUUGCAAGCACAAUACAUGUGUGAUGAUCAAGUAUUUGUAAAUACCUUGCUCUGAAAUAGAGUGGGCUAGAUCGCCUCCAUUGUCUUAUGGAUAGAGUAUUAGACCGAUUUAUUUCGUAUGUGUGGCCUCGAGGCCAAUAGUACAAUGACAUUUUGUUGUAAUUCGUCGUGAAGCACCACUUGUAUACUGAUUAGAUUGUAGCUAAAUAUGGUGUACACAGUUUUAUUUAUAUUCAAUGUAUAUAUUAUCCUUCUUUCAAAUAUCUUAUAAACACACACAAGUCUGAGAAGAAUAUGGCUAUUUUUGCUGUUCAUUAACUGUACAGAUUUUCUUUGUGAUGGAUACGUAUAAUAAUAGUUAGGCAGGUAUUUGAUUCUUAUAUCCUCAUAUACUGGACAUAUCAAUAAAACAUGGUAUUCA